AUGAAGCGUCCCUUGACCCCCUUCCACUCCCCCGGGAGUGGUAUUUGUGGAAGCCUGGCAGAGAACUCGUGCAUAGGAAGUCCUCCAGAGCAGCGUUCAAAGAGAGAGAAAAAGCACCCAUCAUUCACUCUCUGUGAAGUGUGUAAUAUCCAACUCAAUUCUGCUGUCCAGGCCCAGAUCCAUUUCAAUGGAAAGUCUCACCAGAAACGCCUCAAACAUCUUAACAAAGGCAAAGUCCUGUCAAGUGCAGGACCAGCUAAUCACAACAACUCCCUCUUAGCCUCGCUUCCCAUCCCAGGACGGUCUUUACAUCCAUCACUGGAUAUCAAGCAUUUUCUGACUUUCCGCCUCAAUGGCACCCCUCCACUCAACCUUUUUCCUAAUUUCAAUACGAUGGAUCCAGUACAAAAGGCAGUAAUCAACCAUACCUUUGGUGUUCCCAAUCCACUUAAGAAGAAGCAGUUCAUCUCUUGUAAUAUUUGUCAUCUGAGAUUCAACUCUGCGAAUCAAGCUGAGGCACAUUACAGAGGCCACAAGCAUGCCCGGAGACUCAAAGCCAUUGAAGCAGUGAAAAAUAAGCACAAGACAGCUGACAAUAGCAGCAGCAGCCAAGAAAAAAUGGCUAACUUUGAAGCUGCACUAGAUAUCAGCAGAGACACCACCACCAACAGCAGCAGAGCACAACCCAGUAGCUUGCUAGGAUUGAGUCAACCAAUGGCAGAACAUUGCAACCUCAUGCUGAUGUCCCCGACAGAGGAAUCACCAGCCAAGAUACCUACUGGCGUCCUGUCCCUGGUGUCCCCAUCAGUUUCAGAGCCCUUGGAAGUUGCUUCAGAUAGUGCAAGUGUGAGACCAGCAGCAGCAGCUGGUAUGGAGGUGCCAGCAACUGAAUCUGGAGGAACCGCCGGCUCAGCAGCAGAGGUGGAGAAAGAGGGAAAGAAAAUCAAGCAGCACUUGUACUGUCCCACUUGCAAAGUAACAGUUAACUCUGCCUCUCAGUUGGAGGCUCAUAAUUCUGGAGCAAAGCACAAAUUGAUGCUGGAAGGGCAGACUGUUUUGCCAAGGCGAAGCCGAGGGAAGGUUCUCUCUCGAGCAGGACACAAACCCAAACGGAUUGGAAGUAAGGGCAGCCUCAACAUUCAGAACAAGGCCUUCCAAUGCCAGGUGUGCGAGAUCUUUGUCAACUCAGAGACACAACUCAAACAGCACAUGAGCAGUAGACGUCACAAAGACAGGCUUGCAGGGAAGCCACCAAAGCCCAAAUACAGCCCGUACAGCAAACUGCAGAAGAAUACUGCCCUGGCAGUGAGUAUUCUCAAGUCCAAAGUGGCUCUGCAGAAGCAUCUUACGAAGACCUUGGCUGCCCGGUUCCUGCCAAGUCCUCUGGCACCCGCCACUGUGUGUACUUUGCCCAGCCCAUUAACUCUCCGACCAGCUGCUGCUACCCUCUUCCAAGCACCCAUCUUUGGACCAGCACUUUUUCGAUCUCCCCCAGGCCCUGUGCGAGCAGCUACAGGCCCCAUUGUUUUUGCCCCUUACUAG